AUGGGAAGGGCUUCAAUUUUGAAAGCUGGCCGUGCCCAACAGUUUCCUUGGUCAAUAAGUUGGCGGCCGCAUUCAUCCCUUUUAUGCCUAGCCGCAUAUUCAUCCGCCCAGCCAUCAUUCAUCUGCCCAGCUCCACCCAUUUUAUCCGGCCGCACUAAAUUGUGCCCAGUUACAUUCGGGCCUCAAUUAGAACGAAUCUCGGCCGCACUAAAUUCCAAGCAGAACCCGGCCACAGUCUUCCAAUCCUGCCCAGCUACGAACUCCUCCAAUCCUGGCCGUGCCCAACAGAAAAAUCCAUAUGCACUUCCAUCUAUAGCCAGCCGCAAUUCUUCUUCUCCAGUCACACCAAAUCGUGCCCAGCUGCCUAUUGCCCGGCCGCAUAUUCAUCACGCCCGGCCGCAUAUUUCUCCAAUCCCGGCCGCUAUUUCCAACUCCAUUCGAGCUGUCCGGCCGCAUCUCGUAUGCCCAGCUUUUUCGGGUCGUGCCCAGUGA